ACGGCCCACUUUUCCCCCAUUUUUCAAACAACGAAGAAAUAGUAAUAUUAUUGUACCGUCUCACUUUUGAGUCUUUUUUCUGACCAGUCAACACUCAACACUGUUCGAGCGCCACCUCCGACGACCACUCUGCCGUGAAUAUUCUUCUCCCAUCUGUCUGGAUAUUCUUGUGCACUCGAGAAGAAGCAUUGAGUAAUCCAGAGACCUAUUCAUGAUUAACAGAGCUUAAUGAUCAAAGGCUUUCACAAAAUGAAUCAACUCUCUAAUGGCUUCUCAUGUCUGAAUUUGGAUGUCGCCGAUAGCCAGGAUGACACAAAAACUCUUGGGGAAACUGAGACAGUAAAUGGAAGAGGUAAAGCCAAGGAAAAAGAUGACAACUCAGGAGAGUACGAAUUGCCACUUGUAUGGAUUGACCUUGAGAUGACUGGUUUGGAUAUUGAAGUUGAAAGGAUAUUGGAGAUUGCUUGUAUAAUUACUGAUGGAAACUUGACCAAAUCAAUUGAGGGUCCUGAUUUAGUUAUACAUCAAACUAAGGAGUGUCUGGACAAUAUGGGAGAAUGGUGUCAGACCCAUCAUGCAGCGAGUGGUUUGACUCAGAAGGUGCUCGAGAGUACCAUCACUGAAGAAGAAGCCGAGAAGCAGGUUGUUGAAUUUGUCAAGAGAAAUAUAAGGACUUAUACACCACUGCUCGCAGGAAAUUCAAUCUAUACGGAUCUUCUUUUUCUGAAGAAGUUCAUGCCAAAUUUGGCAAGUUUGUUUUCGCAUGUACUUGUUGACGUCAGCAGCGUAAAGGCACUGUGUUUUCGUUGGUAUCCAAGAGACAACAGGAAGGCUCCUAAAAAGCAAAACAAGCACAGAGCUAUGGAUGACAUUAAGGAGAGUAUAGCUGAACUCAAAUACUUCAAGGAGCACAUAUUCAAAGUCUCCAAGUCUAAAAAGUGACAGUGAAUGAAACUAUCAUCUCAUGAUUAUGAUUCCCAAGAUGUGGUGUUACCUGCCAUUGUAAAGUGAUUCUGGAUUUUAGAUGUAAAAAGGUGUUUGAUCUAAAUUAUGAACUCAGCCAUGUUUAACAAACUGAUUUUGGCUAUCAUAUUGAGUACCAUUGUGUCCCUAUUUGGCAUUGUUGAUAACUUUAAGCACACUUGACCUACUAUAGGGUUUUUUUACUCAUAAAAAACAAUCUGUCAUUCUCCUAUUGGA